CUCAGGGUCACAGACUUCGAGAUUAUAAUACUGCUAAGUCGUAGAAGUCGUAUCGAAGUCGUCAUGAAUAUUCUCUUUCGUUUUUCUCUCCUCCUCGCCGCCUGUGUGGUGGUCAAUGGAAACCCCGCGGCGGGAAAACCAUGGCACUGGAAGUCACUGAAACCCUUAGUGAAUCCUCGUGUUUCACUGAAAACAGAUGACACCCGUAUCGUGGGUGGCACUGAGGCCGUUCCCCACUCGUGGCCCCACCAAGUGGCUCUCUUCGUCGACUUCCUGUACUUCUGCGGCGGUUCCCUCAUCUCCAGCGAGUGGGUCCUCACGGCCGCUCACUGUGUCGACAGACAUUACUCAGUGGAGGUGGUCCUCGGCGCCCACAAUAUCUUCGAGGCCGAGGACACCCAAGUCACGAUGAGUUCGAGCGACUUCUUCACCCACGAGGACUGGGACUCCUUCUCCCUGGCCAACGACAUCGCCCUCGUCAGGUUACCGACGCCCGUGGAUUUCACGGAGAGCAUAGCGCCUGUCAAGCUCCCUUCGUCAGACAUCAGUGUUGGCAUCACAGUGACUCCCACGGGAUGGGGACGCCCGGCGGACUCUGCUGACGGGAUCUCCAACGUCCUUCGUCAGGUGGACGUGCCUGUCAUGGCGAGCGAGGACUGCGAUAAAGUCUACGGGAUCAUCGGCGAAGGUCAAGUCUGCGUCGACACCACCGGAGGUCAAGGAACGUGUCAUGGAGACUCCGGCGGUCCCCUCAACCUCAACGGCAUGACCUACGGCGUCACCUCCUUCGGGUCUUCUGUAGGAUGCGAGGCCGGAGAACCUGACGCCUUCACCCGCGUCUUCUAUUACCUGGACUGGAUCGAGGAGAAGACAGGCGUGACUCCUUAAGUAAAUGAUGUCAGUUUAGGAGACACGAGUGGGAGGUGAUGGAGUAUAGAGAGGCGUGGGUUGGAUUUUCUCUCUUUCUCUGUCUAUCUGUCUAGUUCUUUCUCUUUGUCCUUUUCUUUCUCUGUUUCUUGCUUGUUCUUUUUCUCUUUGUGUUUUUCUUUCUCUGUCUCUUGCUUGUUCUCUUUCUCUUUGUGUUUUUCUUUCUCUGUCUCUUGAUCGUUCUCUUUCUCUUUGUGUUUUUCUUUCUCUGUUUCUUGCUCGUUCUCUUUCUCUUUAUCUUUUUUCUUUCUCUGUCUCUUGCUCGUUCUCUCUCUCUCUCUCUCCCCCCCCCCUCUCUCUAUCUCUCUCUCUCUCAUUCUUUCUCUCUCUUUCUUUCUCGACUUACCUUUUUGAGUUACACGCUUUACGAAUGCUUCAAAUACCUGCUUGUGUAUAAUUCUGAUGUAAUGACAACAAAGAAAACGGAAUUACAAACUUCCAUCUUUUU